GAACAUGAUGGUGAUGAUGAUGAAUUAUAGUUCACCUCUAAAAGUAAGACACAGCUUCCUUUUGAUAGCUGGCUUUUGGGUCUGCUGCUGGGAUUUUUAGGGCUCCACAUGGACAUGUUUACAAGACUUGUAUCCAAAGCACAUCUUGAAACAAAUCUUGUUGCAAAUUCUGUAGGCCAGCUCUGAGGAAUAGCUAACCUCUUUAGGAAUGCGGCAGUGGGUCUGGAUUUUUAGCCAUGACUUGAAGGUAUGGAGUUCAGGGUUUACGGCACCAGACUGGAAGUCAAAAGAUCUGGGUUCUUUUCUGCUCUCUGCUUCUUGACUUUGGGCCUCAGUUUCUCAAUCAGACAAAUGGGACAAUACCACCUGCCUUUGUAAAGGGCUGGUUUCAUGGUUUCUGCCCCCAACACGUACUGGUCUCACAACCACCUAAACUCCCUGAAGUUUCCCCUCCAGUGUUCUGGGUUUGGCCAACUUUUUCCAGUGCUGGGCACCCCCAGCCACACAUAGCUGUUGUCUGUCACAAAUACCUGUGAUGGAGUUCCCAAUAUGCAUACUGAAGUUUUAUUGCUUAUGUGAUUGGGUCAUGAACAGCAAGGAAUGAGCAUUGCCUUAUCUUUCCCCUUACAUAACCUCUCCUUCCUAUGUACAAACCUGGCAUCAGUACAGCUAUCCACCCCAAGGAUAGUACUUUAGACCAAAUUAAAGGAUGGGGAGAGCGUUAGGCUAGAAAAUUCAAGUGUGUUGAGGCUGCAAUAGAGGCACAGAGUAGCAGGCUCAGAAGCAGGGAUAAAUAAUACCUAAGUACUAGGCUGAGCAAAUAAGUGGAAUGAAGCGAUUUUAGUUUCAAAACCAAACAGGAGAUCUUUUUAAACCAACCUCUUUCCCCUUGUAAGAUAGAACAAUCCUCUAAAAAGGGGUUCCAGAACACGAGGUGAUGUCUUUUUUCGUUGAUGUAUGAAAUUUUAUCAUCCCUGUGAUUGGCUUUCGCUUUAUAAUGCCACUGAAUUAUACAGUCAGUCACCACUCAUGACAGCUUUGCUUUAUGACCUCACCUGCUGACAUCAUCUAUUAAACAAUGCCAAGCGGUUUCAGAUCAGUAACCUCCAAAGGACUCAGGCACCAGAGUCAACCAUCAUGCAGUGCAAAGGAAUACAUUGCGAGCUUAUGUACAGAUGAGUUGUAGGUUUCACCUUCCGAGGCACUUGUUGCUUCUGGCACCAUGGAUGAUGCUGCAGUCCUUAAGAGGAAAGGUUACAUCAUGGGGAGCAAUUUAGGAGAGAGCUCUUUUGCCAAAGUGAAAUGCGCCUACUCUGAGCGCCUGAAAUUCCACGUGGCAGUGAAGAUUACGGACAGGAAAAACGUUCCUCCUGAGUUCUUGGAAAAAUUUCUCCCCAGGGAAUUGGAGAUAUUGGCAACAGUGAGCCACUGUUCUAUCAUCAAGAUCUAUGAGAUCUUUGAGACGUCUGGCAAAGUCUACAUAGUCAUGGAGCUCGGUGUUCGAGGAGACUUACUGGAGUUCAUCAAGAGAAACAGAGGUCUGCCUGAAGAAGUAGCUCGCAAGAUGUUUCGCCAGCUGUCUUGCGCUGUCAAGUACUGCCACGAUUUGGACGUGGUCCACAGGGACCUGAAAUGUGACAACAUCCUCCUGGAUAAAGACAUGAACAUCAAACUGUCUGACUUCGGCUUUUCCAAACGGUGCUUUCAGGAUGAGAAUGGGAAAGUGAUCCUCAGUCAGACCUUCUGUGGUUCUGCUGCUUAUGCUGCUCCUGAAGUGAUAGAAGGCAUUCCUUAUCAGCCCAAAGUUUAUGACAUAUGGAGUCUGGGCGUCAUUCUGUAUGUGAUGGUCAGCGGAUACAUGCCAUACGAUGACUCCAACGUGAAGAGAAUGCUCCGCUUUCAGAAGGAACACCGAGUGAUCUUCCCUGAGUCUUUGACACAUGAAUGCAAAGAUCUUAUUUUCCGUAUGCUGCAGCCCGAUGUGUCUCACCGGCUACGAAUCGAAGAUGUUUUGAACCAUGCUUGGGUGCAGGGGAAGCGCCAGAAGCCACACACCAUGCUUGAAUAAUCAAUCAAUAAACCACGAAGCACAAACAAAGGGGAAGUCAUAUCUGUUUCGAGAGGCUGUCACACCGCAGAGUGCUGUAACUGCUGCUGUGAUCCAUGGUUUCCUUUGCUCAGUGUGCCCGGUCAUUCUCCUGGUGAGAUUUCUAUCCACUUUCAUAUUUAGAAACAAAUUCAGUUGCAGCCAGCUGCUAUGUGGAAGCUGUUAUUUCCUUUAUUUGCCUUGCUGCUGAGGUCAACAUGAAUGACAACUUCUCAAGGCACACAGAUUUUUAGCAGUAGCUGGGGUUACCUGUUCUCCCUCCAGUGAGCCAGCCAGCAAUUUUAGCCUCUGCCCAUCCCACUGUUAUCUGAUUUAUUCAGGGUGUCAUAAACAUGCAUUGGUGCUUUACGGGCAGAGGCUCUGUGCUGCCCCAAAGAGCUGCUUACAAGUUAAGGUUGACACAGUAUGAUGAGAGAUGUGGGCACACCAGGAGAGUAGGAAGGAGCCUCCCAUAGUGACCCCCCAGGACUAUUGCGGGACAGCACGUGUCAGCAGGAGAGAGGGUUUGGUUAGUGAUUCCAGGGGCAGUCAUGCUAGAAAGGCCCAGAAGCUCCUCAGAGUAGCUGUUUGCCUUUCUCAGCCUCCAAAUAAUGUUUCUUCCUGCUUCUCCUCCUAAUCAUCCUCAAACAGAACCCUCUGCCAAUCAGAGAGGGGCUCAGGAUCUGAACCCAGGGCGGGGGGAAUUUCUUCCUUUGUUGCUGCUAUCUACUAAUGAAGAAGGUAAUUUGUAGUCAGCCUGACCGGAAGUCAUGGGAGCUGCUGGCUUCUAAGUCCCUGUUCUCACUCCAACUUUGAACUAAGUUUGUGAUCACUUAGUGCCAGGGUUGGUGUCACAGUUCAGAGCUACUGCACCUGGUUUUCCCCUCCAUGGUCCUUCUUCUCAGCCAUCACCUCUCUGGGCAAAGACCCGUGUCUCUCUCCCUCAUGACCAGAGUUCAUCCAGGCUUCAGAGUUCACUGCCUACACUGCGAUACUCCCAGCAAGCCAGAGUGCCUAAACAGGCCAGCAUCUGCUCUUUGCUCUCUCUCUUCAGAGCCUAUACACAGCAUAAUUGCCCACAGUUAUAAGUUACCAUACAGCUCUUUCUAAGC